UUCAAGUCAGGCCAAGAGCUAGGGAAAGAAAUAAAGAGAGAAUAUUCAGUACCGAUGGGCUCGAGUACUGUAAUAUCUAUCUCAGAUGGAGAUAAUCAGAGGGUAGCUGGGCCUGAUGAUGAUCAAGAGAUGAAGAAGAAGUUUCAAUUUUCUCUUCUUCCCAUUUUUUCCUAUCUGAGAUCAUCAGGUCAAAAGAAUAGACUCCAAGUUUCAUGUGUUCCUCCUAUUAUAUCCGAUCUUAGAGAAAAGACAAAUAAGCAGGACAUGAGAAAACUGAUUCACAGUUUCAAGGUUGGAAUAGCGCUGGUUUUGGUUUCAUUUCUCUACCUCCUGGAUCCUCUUUUUAGUCAAGUUGGAGAAAAUGCCAUGUGGGCUAUUAUGACUGUUGUGGUCAUCUUUGAGUUCUUUGCAGGUGCUACACUCAGCAAGGGCUUGAACCGUGGAAUUGGAACUAUAUUAGGAGGCGGACUGGGGUGUUUAGCUGCAGCUUUAGCUCAAGAAGUUGGUGGAAUUGGCAACGCCAUUGUCGUUGGCGCUUCUGUUUUCAUCUUUGCUGCAGUUGCAACGUACGUGAGACAGGUUCCAAACAUUAAGAAAAGAUAUGACUACGGGGCAAUGAUAUUCAUCCUCACCUUCAGUCUAGUAGUGGUAUCUGGGAUACGUGCUGAAAAGGUCAUGAGAUUAGCACGUGAACGUCUCUCCACAAUUGGUAUGGGCUUUGUCACCUGCAUUUUUAUAAGCUUGCUUGUCUUCCCUGUCUGGGCUAGCGAUGAACUUCAUGACUCUAUUGCCUCCAACUUUGAACACCUCGCUCACUCUAUUGAAGGAUGCCUGGAGGAAUACAUUAAUGCUACUACUUUCACCAACGAAAAGGAAAACCAGCCUAUAGCAAAUUUUAAUAGAUGCAAAUCCAUCUUGAAUUCCAAAUCUAAGGAUGAGUCACUGGCAAAUUUCGCAAAAUGGGAACCAUGGCAUGGAAAAUUCGGGCUAUACUAUCCUUGGAUAAAAUAUUUGCAGAUUGGAGAACAUCUGAGAGAGUUGGCAGCAACUAUCCUUUCAUUGAAAGGCUGUCUUCAAUCCCCAAGACAGCCACCAACAGCUCAGAGAGAAAGAAUCAAAGAGCCAUGCGAGGCAGUUGGAUCGAUACUAACAUGGAGUCUAAGAGAGCUUGGAGAGAGUAUUUCAAAAAUGAGAAAAUGCCAUGCAGGGACGUCGAUAGUGCCAAAGUUAAAGUCAACGAGAGCAGAGAUAAGCUCGGUCUCAACUAAUUGCAAGGUAGAUCAUCAAGAUAUCGAUCAUGAAUAUCAGGAUGGUGGACUCGCGAUGGCAACCUUUGUGUUCAUAUUGAUGGAGAUUGUGGAAAAGGUGGAAGAAUUGGCGAAGGAGGUUGACGAACUUGGAGAGCUCGCUGGUUUCCGUUCUCAUCAUGAAUUGGCUUAAUUCGAUUUGUCCCUCCAGUACUGUAUGAGCAGUACUUAUAUAUAUAUGCUGUGAUACGCACGUACGUAAAGAUUUGCCACUUUUUUGGCUUGGGAAAAUAGAUGUCUAUGUCUGAAAAAAGAAGAGCAGAAAAAAAAUAUAUUAUAUGAGCCUCUACUUCAAAGUAGAGGGAGAUAAAUUGGGAAGAAAUGAAGAUUGAGCUGCAUGCAGGGGAUCGAUGCAUGUUAAUUGAUACAUUGUAAUUACUAGAACCAUGAAAUUAAUCUGAUAUAUUGCUAUAUUUAUAUGUAUAUAUAUAUAAUAUGCUAUAUAUAUGUAUAUAUAUAUAUAGAGAGAGAGAGAGAGAGCUAGUAAUGUUCCACCUUAACUAUA